AUGCCUAAGACGGAGAAAUUAUUUUCCGACUCAACACAAAAUAUUAUGAAGUUAGCCAAUGAAGGCAUUAGUAACAGACAAGAUUUAAUGCAAACAUGUGGCACGGAAUCUGACGAAGCAUUGGAGAUCCAACAAAUUGAGUUGGAACAAAGGUUGAUUAUUCAACGAAUGAUUCAUUUAGAAUUACAAAAAGAAAAAUUAAAAGGGUUAUUGAAUGCAUUACAUUUACUCGAUUCUGAUGAUGAUUCUGAUGAUGAUGAUGACCGAGUUGAAGAAGAUGAUGAUUCAAGUAUGCCGACGCAGUAG